AUGGCCAACGCGGAAGAUGCCCGCAUCUCGGCUCUCCAGAAAUACACCGCUUGUGACAUAUCCGAUGCACUCGUAAAGCUGAAAGUUCCAGGAGGAGGCUUCUUGCCCGACCUUCAACUCCUGGGCCAAUCAAACCCCGCCGGCGCUCCCAUUACCAUAGCACCGGCGUCCACAGUCUUGUUUGCCCGAAAGGGCGAGACCCUGGAGUCGCCCCCGGCCAACAUACCAAAGGACACCCACUGGGCAGACAUUACAGAGUCGGGCACUGUCGUUAUCAUCAGACAGCCUGAGGGGCAGAAGAACGCCGUCUGCGGGGGUAUCAUGGCAGUCAGGAUGAAGGUUCGCCAAGCGAGAGCGGUGGUGGUCGUGGGUCGCGCAAGGGACCUUGACGAACUGACCAGUACAGGCCUGCCGAUCUGGGCGCGAGGCAUGUCCACCGUUGGAGCAGGGGCAGAAAGCACGCCGUGGGCAGUGCAGGUCCCCAUCGACGUCGACGGCAGCGUUGUCAACCCGGGAGACCUCGUCUUCGCUGAUGCAGUAAACGGCGUCGUCGUCAUCCCCCAGGGCAAGGUUGACCAGGUCCUAGAGCUUCUUCCAAAACUCACGGCGGCGGACGACAAGGUGAAGGAGGACGUGCUCAAGGGCAUGAGCGUGUAUGAUGCCUUCAAGGCCCACCGGAGUAAUCUCUAA